GGAAAGCAAAAACAGAAGUAGAAAGCAAGGAACACAUACAGAAAUUGAAAACUUGGCAUGUUCCCUAUUUAAGACACACACGAAGGAAGGUCCUCAGAGAACCUAGAGCCCAGCUCACAGUCGCCCCCCUCAGCCAGGCCAGCAGCAUCUGCAAGAUCCCCAUGGCCCUGCCCUUUACCUUCCCGCUGGCCCUGCUGGUGCUCAGCUGCAACUCCAUCUGCUCCCUGGCGUGUGGCCUGCCUGAGACCCACAGCCUGGGUAACAGGAGGGCCUUGGCACUCCUGGAACAGAUGAGGAGAAUCUCCCUUUUGUCCUGCCUGCGGGACAGGAAGGAGUUCGGAUUCCCCCAGGAGGUGUUUGAUGGCAACCAGCUGCAGAAGGCUCAAGCCAUCUCUGUCGUCCACGAGAUGAUCCAGCAGACCUUCCGCCUCUUCAGCACGGAGAGCGCCUCUGCUGCUUGGGAUAAGACCCUCCUACACAGAUUCUGCAAUGGACUUUAUCAGCAGCUGAGUGACCUGAGAGCCUGUGUGAUGCCCGAGGUGGGGGCGCAAGAGGCUCCGCGGACGGAUGAGGACGACUCCAUCCUGGCUGUGAGGAGAUACUUCGAAAGAAUCACUCUCUACCUGCAAGAGAAGAAAUACAGCCCUUGUGCCUGGGAGGUUGUCAGAGCAGAAAUCAUGAGAUCCUUCCCUUGAUCAACGAACUUGCAAGAAAGAUUG